AUGAGUGACAAAGUCGAAGUUGCCCAGUAUGAGGAAGCUCCCGUGAAGUUAGGCAAGCGAAGGGGUUGCACGCGGCAUUUGAAGAAGUUCUGGUGGGCCUAUUUAGUUGGUCUCGUCUGCAUCACCGUUCUGGUUGUGCCCUUGAUACUCUUGGUGGCAAUCCCGAAACUUGCACAGUCCAAGAUAAAUUCCGCUAAAUUCCACAUCGACGGCAUCACCAUCACGAAGACGCGCACUAAAACGAUGACAGUCGCACUGAAUGCGAGCAUGGGAGUCACCGGUACCGCUGGCCUUAAAGCUACCAUUGCCAAGUUCCCCGCAGAGCUGUACCUUGCAGACCUCGAGCCUUACACGACAUUCCUCACCCUCGACUUCCCAAAGACAUCAGCCUCCUCCCACAUCAACCUCAACAUCACCCAAGACAUCGAAAUCCAAAAUAUGGAGGCAUUCACUACCUUUGCUGCAUGGUUGCUAGGAAAAGAGACCUUGAACCUCGGGAUGAGGGGUAAGACCUCCAUCCGUGUCCGCGGCAUCUCCCGCAACUAUGGUAUAUCCUUCAAGAAGUCCAUAGAACUGAAAGGCGUCAAUCAAUUCAAGGGCUUGGAUGUCACCGAUACCUCAAUUUCUCUGCAGCCUGAUGAGAAAGGAGAUAACUUCCAUGGUUGGGUUAACAUCCCUAAUCCCUCCAUCCUUGAGGUCGAAAUCGGAACCCUUUCCUUUAUCCCUUUUGUUGACGGGGUGAAUCUUGGCACUGCUUCUGUCGAUGGCUUGACGCUGUACCCUGGUAUCAACAACGUCAGCAUGCGUGCAAACAUCAGCCAAGUGCCUGUUCUCGCUGCCGUGACCAAGAAGCCCACGUGCAAGACUGGACUUCUUCCUUUCCAACUGCAGGUUAAGAGUGCAGUGAACGAUGGCGAAAACCUCCCGUACUUUACCAAUGCGCUAGCGGGGGCGAAUCUGACAGUGGACAUCGAUAUUGGAGAGACUCUUGAGAAGGAUUUGAACAUGACUUUGAGCUGUAGUUAAAACAG